AUGCCGAAAAAAGAAAUUGUAAAUAUUUUUCGAAAUGAAAAUAUUUCAGUUUCAACAAUUUAUCAAGCAAUUCGUGAGUGUGAAGAAGGAAUACCGUGUUCUAAUUUGCCAAAAAGUGGUCGACCACGGAAAUUAUCUGCAGUUCAAGCCAAUAGAUUGGUUCUAUUUGUCAAAAACACCAUUGGUCCAUCCACACGAAAGUUGGGUCGUCGUUUUGGCAUAUGUCGAAUGACUGUUAGUCGCGAAUUCAAAAGAAAUGUCUUAAAAUAUAGAAAACGAAGAAAAUGCCCCAAGUAUACCGUUAAUCAGUUAGAAAGAAUUCCAAGAUGUUGUCGAUCUUUACGAAUUCGUCACUUCGCCAAUAAUAAAAUUAUAAUUAUGGACGAUGAGAAAUACUUCACAUUUGCUAACCCGGAAAUUUCUGGCAAUAGUGGAUUCUAUACAGAUAAUUUUAAUGACUGUCCUGAUAAUGUGAAAUUUAAAGAGAAGGCAAAGUUUGAGGAUAAAAUCAUGGUGUGGUGUGCAAUUUCAGAAGCAGGCGUUUCUAGACCGUAUGUGGGUCGUGUUAGAGGUCAGGCGGUUGAUGCUAAUGUUUAUACACAAAAUUGUCUUCCAAAAUUACUGGAUUUUAUUAAUUUAUAUCAUGCUAACGACGAAAUAAUGUUAUGGCCUGACCUAGCUUCAUGUCACUAUGCCCAUGCAACAAGACAGUGGUUAGAGGCAAACCACAUACCAUUUGUGCCCCGUGAAGACAACCCUCCUAACGUACCCCAGGCUAGACCGAUCGAAACUUUUUGGGCAUUACUUACAAGAUAUACGACAAUGGAUGGGAAGCCCAAAAUCAGGAUCAAUUGAGGAGAAGAAUCUAUCAGAAGGUACGCGAAUUAGACUUGGAAGCUUGCCAAGCGCUUAUGAGGCAAGUCAGAACGAAACUGCGCCGCAUAGAAGAACAUGGGCCACUAUCUCUGUAUUAAUUAUAAGUUUUAAAGCUUACAUUAUAUUAAGUAUUGUAGAGUUUAAAUAAAAC